AUGACAACAGCCUCCCUCCCGCUUCUCCGCGGGAGCAUUACCCUAUCCCAUGCGCUCCGUAAAGACGACAAUGUCCUCCUCGAACUAUCCUAUCCUGAAAAGCGGCUGAGUUUCUAUCUCGACCUCUACCAACGCCGUGGCGUCAUCGAAGCGCUGGUGGCUCAUCAUCUUUGCCUUCCUGAGGAGGCCUGCAAGAUAGGUGAGGUCAAAGAGUGGAUCCAUGGCAGUUUCAACGUCUGCAUCCCAGUCGACAUCUUGGGCAGGCAUCCGGCCAGAAAAGUGAUUAUCAGAUUCCCCUUGCCAUAUAAGCUGGGCGAGUCUGUCUAUCCAGGGGACGUGGAAGAGAAACUUCGCUGUGAAGUAGCGACGUACAUCUGGAUCCAGCAGAACUGCCCUACGGUUCCAAUACCCCGGCUUUGGGGGUUUGGCUUUGCAGGUCGCAGUUUCACUGCACUGGAAAAUGCGCCUUUUCUUGCCCGUCUUGGGUGGUAUUUCCGGAGAAUAGCAUCAUGGCUGUUCGGGUCUCCGCUUUCUUCUCCAUAUGUCAGCCACAAGCACAACCACGAGGCCAGCGGAUAUAUGAUUGUCGACUGCGUCAAAGAGGGCGAGAUGCUCUCGACAUCGUGGGAGACACACCGACACGAUCCGUCCCGCAGAGCGAAUCUGUUCCGAGACCUCGCUCGGAUUAUGCUAUCGCAGAUCCCUCUCCCGCGGAUCGCGUCGUGGACAAUCGACGAUCAGGGCAUCCUGAGUCUGACCAAUCGUCCUUUGACCCUGAUGCUCCAUGAGCUAGAGAACGAGGGCAUCCCUACCAACAUUGCCAGGACCCUCACGUAUCCCGCGACGGAAGCAUAUUACCUCGAUCUCCUCGCGUGUCAUGACAGCAUCAUCCGGCACAAACCAAACGCUAUCCGCGACAGGGAUGACAGGGAGGCGCAGUUGUCGGCGCUGACGAUGAUGAAAGCCGUGCUUCCGCACUACGCCUGUCGGGAUCUCCGUUACGGACCCUUUGUCCUCUCCCUGACAGACCUCCACCAGAGCAAUAUCUUCGUCGACAAGGAUUGGAACAUCACCAAACUGAUCGACCUGGAGUGGGCAUGUGCUCUUCCCAUCGAGAUGAUCCAUCCACCGUAUUGGUUGACCAGCGAGGGCAUCGACACCCUCGAAGGCACGGCGCUGCAGGAAUACGCCCGCGUGCGCAAGGAGUUUAUGUAUAUUUUCGAAAGGGAAGAGAAGAUGAUGAUGAAGACGUUUUCCAGCCUCGAUACCUGUCCUACCCCACUAACAAACGCCAUCCAUCGAGGCUGGCAAGUCGGCAACUUUUGGUACUUUUCCGCCCUGAACAGCCCGCCGGGACUAUACAACCUCUUCUUUGACAAGAUUCAGCCGUGCUUUGUCAAGGCAUGCAGCGAGAAGAAAGCGUUUACCGACUUUGAGGAGGUAUUUGCGCCGUACUGGUCUGUGGGCGAUAUGUCCAAGAUCAUUGAUGCAAAGAUCAAGGAGUCGGAGUUGUACGCCUACCAGCUGCGGGCACUGUUUGCGGAGAGGACUGGUGAAGGCGAAGAGAGUGCUGGGAAGGAGAGGAAUGCAAAUGAUCAAGCGAAUGGAUGA